AUGCGAGCGCGAGCUGAAGCUGGUGAGGAUAGAGAGGAACGCGUCAACGAGACAAGAGACAAUGACAGCAAUGCGAGAUCUGCACGAGAGCUUUGCAGCAAGACAGAGACAGCGGAGACCCUCAGUCGAUUGCUCCGUGCCCGCCGACAGGAGUUCGAAGCCAGAUGUCAAUUGCAGUUGGAAGAUCAUGACGUAGCGGAUGUUGCGGGACGCCAAGCGAAGGACACAGAACACCCGCCUGCUGUGCCGCCUAUCGUCGUGAAGAAGUCGAAAUUGACCCAGUGGAUCGAGGCGUUCGAAGCGCGGCACCACUUUACAGUGGAAGACAAGCAUCUUCGAGACUCUGAGGCGCUGCAGGCGUCGCAGUUGACCACGUGGCUGGCCGAUUUCAAGCUCAAGCGCCACGACGACCGAUCUGCAGCAUCGAUCGUCGUUUAG